AUGUGCCGCCAAUACUUCACCCUCUACGAAUGGUGUCAUUGCAAAGAAGACGCAGGAACCAGCGUCUGCGCAGGUCACCGACGAAACAACUGUCCCGGAAUUAGCAUUGAAACGGUUCACAUGCACUGCUUCUGCAACUCGCACGCUACACGUGGUUUCAAGACGCAGAAGCAGACGAAUAAGGCGGAAGAGAAGGAAAAGCGCCGAUCACAGGAUUCCCUGGAUGAGAAGACUUCCCUUGGAAGAAGGUGGUUCCAAUGGUACCAGUGGAGGGUGCCGAGGUUGAGGUAG